CUGUGCCCCCGGCCCCCCACAGGCAGCCCCGGCGCCGGCUGAGGGAAGCGGAGCCUCCCCCGGCCCUGCCCCUACCAUGGCGGCCGCGCCUCAGCCGGCGGUGCCGGGCAACGGCCGGGAGGGCAACGGGCGAGGCCUGCGGCGGGAGCCGCCGUGUCCCGGGCUCGAGGCAGCUGAAUGAAUCAUGUUUUAGAAAUUCAGAGGAAACAAAACACAACCAAGUAAAACCAGUGAGACAAAGAAACCCACACAUUCCCCUCCAGCAUCCCUCUCCUCAACUGGUCUAGGAGUAUGCUGGGGAAAUGAGCUGAUCUCAUGGGUUACACCUGCAUGCACAGAGCUGGGAGAAUAUAAUGAAGAGCCACGCAGUAAGCAGAAGGAUGUCUUCAGUAUCUAAUGACGUCGGCACAAAAACUGACCAAUCAUCAUGUCCACAACUGCGUUCAUCCCUGCACACCCCAGAGAAAAUGAGAGCAGGAGGUCUGCAUGUGGUCUUCUCAGAUAGUAAAACUUCCAACUCCUCCCCAGAGACGGACACAAUUCAGAAGUCUAGCAUCUCUGAACUUAGCCAGGAUAUUUCUUCUACAAAGAGAUUGAAUUUGAGUGACACAAAUACAAAUAACUCAAAUAAGUCAUCCAGAGAUGCCAGGCUAAGCAAUUUUGAUGAUUUUUACCACGUCUCUGUGACCUCUUCUCCUCAGCAUGGGCACCCUGUCCAGAAACCCCAGAGUGGCAAGAGGAAUGAGGACCAUAGGGAUUAUGGUGGGAGGCUUCCUACAGAAAUGAAAACGUCUUCGCAGACUGCCAGUGGCAGUACACUCACACAGCUCACUGAGACAGAAAUUAAGCACAGAAGUCCUUUAAACAUCAAGUCAGGCUUCAGAGAUGCAACUUCAUUAUCAGCUGAAGUGUUACUGGAGAACUUGAAGUCCAUAAUGACAAAAUCAGCCAUGCUAUCUUCAGUACCGGGGAAGGUCAGAGAACCUGCAGCUCACAGGUCCUCCAGCCCAGCUAGAGUGGAAUAUAAGCGAAGUGAGACCCUGCAUUCCCCAAUAUCUCCUAAUCAUUGCUUCAAAGAUUCUCACAAGGAGUCUUCUUCCAGUGAGCUAAGUAAUGAUACUGCUGUCACAGAAGGUCAGAGUGCCACUGGAAGUGAAAAAGAGUCCAAGGUUACAGCUGUCCUCCAGCAGCUCCUGAAGCUGGUGGAUUGUCACUGGAACGGGCCUGGAUCUCUCCUGGUUAACAAGGAUUUUCUUGUUCCUGCCCAAAACUUGCUUUUCCAUCUUGUGGCUUGUACUGCUCCACAGCAGGAUGCUCAUCUGACAGCUGGACACUGCUCUUCAGUCUUAUCUAAAAACAAUCCCAAAGUCCAAAGGACUCAGCUUAAAUAUACUCAACAAUUCGAUAGAAUGGAUUCUGCUGCGCAGCAAGGAAAAGGGCUGGUGGAAAGUCAUGUCUCAGCUUCCACGUUGCACGAGAUGGAUCACACUGCUGCUUCGAGUUAUCACAUCCAAAGGAACCAAGCAUCCAUGUACGAUGAGUUGCUUUGGAAAAAUAACCAGCUGAGUACCCAGGUGGAAUUCCUAAGACUGGAAGUGAAACAACUUACCGGACUCCAGGAGAUGGUGGCUCUUCUGCAGGAGAGCCAGAGGUCUUUAGUGUCCACAAACAACUUCCUGCUGCAACAGCUGAGUAAAGGAAACAGUCAUACUGUUCACAAAACACCUCUUCCUUCUGAGAAAUGCACCAGUCGUGAGACAUCAUCCCCACUAGAAAGAACUGCGUCGGUACCAUCAGUAUACAGCUCUAGCCAGUACUGGAGUUCAGAGCAAUUAUGCAAUUGUCCUCUGUAAAGGGAACAAAACAGACAUUAAAUAUGGAUUGUGUUCAUUUUUAGAUUGUAUGAAAUCUCUUGCUGCAUUUAAAGCUGGUGAAUCUAAUCCUUGCUUUGGUCAAUUUCUCAGCAUCUUCCUGCUCCUAUCUUCCCCUGUCUUCUUCUGCCACGUUGAUUACAUUAACAAAAAGUGGGGAUGACUCCUGUAUAAUAAAAUUUUAUCUGAGAUCGUG